AUCUGACAGAGGCGUCUCACAUCACCGAAUCUCUUUCAGUUUAUCGUUGAAACAUUCAGGGGGAAAAAAAUCAGCAGCAUCAGCCAGAUUUUCUUCUUACCGCCGAACAAACCUCCAAGACUGUCAAAAUGGCCAGCAGAGGAACUGUGAAAGCCAGUGGAAACUUCAAUGCCAAGGCAGAUGCUGAGGUCUUGCACAAGGCCAUGAAAGGGCUGGGGACCAACGAGGCUGCCAUCUUGCAGCUGGUGACUGCUCGCAGCAACCCCCAGAGGCAGCAGAUCAAGGCCGCCUACAAAACUCAGUUUGGAAAGGAUCUGAUACAUGAUCUGAAGGGAGAGCUGGGAGGCACAUUUGAGACCCUGAUCUUGGCACUGAUGACCCCCCCCAUCACUUAUGAUGUGACAUCCCUCCACCACGCCAUCAAGGGGGCAGGAACAGAUGAAAAUAUCCUGGUGGAGAUCCUCGCCUCCAGAACACCUCAGCAGGUGAAGGACAUCGUUGCUGCUUAUAAACAAGAGUACGAUCAAGACCUGGAGAAGGACAUAUGUGGUGAAACUUCAGGUCACUUCCAGAAUCUUCUGGUUAUUCUGCUGCAGGCAAGCAGGCAGACGGGGAUCCAGCAGGGAAAUAUCGACAGUGAUGCUGAGGCCCUCUUCAAGGCAGGAGAGAAGAAGUUCGGCACUGAUGAAGAAUCAUUUAUCACCAUCCUGGGAAACCGCAGUGCAGAACAUCUCAGGAAAGUAUUUGACGCUUACAUGAAGUUGUCUAAACAUGAGAUGGAAGACAGCAUCAAGAGGGAAACAUCCGGAAACUUGAGGGAUCUGCUUCUCGCUGUCGUGAAGUGUGCUCGGAGCGUUCCAGGCUAUUUUGCUGAGAUCCUAUACCAUGCGAUGAAGGGUGCAGGGACUGAUGAUGCCACCCUGAUGAGAGUGAUGGUGAGUCGCAGUGAGGUGGACAUGUUGGACAUCAGAGCUGAGUUCAAGAAGAAGUUUUCCUGCUCGCUGUAUUCAAUGAUCAAGAGUGAAACCAGCGGUGACUACGAGAAGACUUUACUGUUGCUCUGUGGUGGAGAUGACUCGCUGCAACUCCGAGACUUUCUUCUUACCGCCGAACAAACUUCCAAUACUGUCAAAAUGGCCAGCAGAGGAACUGUGAAAGCCAGUGGAAACUUCAAUGCUGAUACAGAUGCUGAGGUCCUGCACAAGGCCAUGAAAGGGCUGGGGACUGACGAGGCUGCCAUCUUGCAGCUGCUGACUGCUCGCAGCAACCCCCAGAGGCAGCAGAUCAAGGCCGCCUACAAAACUCUGUUUGGAAAGGAUCUGAUACAUGAUCUGAAGGGAGAGCUGGGUGGCAAAUUUGAGACCUUGAUCGUGGCUCUGAUGACCCCACCCAUCACUUAUGAUGUGACAUCCCUCCACCACGCCAUCAAGGGGGCAGGAACAGAUGAAAAGGUCCUGGUGGAGAUCCUCGCCUCCAGAACACCUCAGCAGGUGAAGGACAUCAUCGCUGCUUAUAAACAAGAGUACGAUCACGAACUGGAAAAGGAUGUAUGCGGUGACACUUCAGGUCACUUCCAGAGACUUCUGGUUAUUCUGCUGCAGGCAAACAGGCAGACGGGGAUCCAGCAGGAAAAUAUUCAGAGCGAUGCUGAGGCCCUCUUCAAGGCAGGAGAGCAGAAGUUUGGCACUGAUGAACAAUCAUUUGUCACCAUCCUGGGAAACCGCAGUGCAGAACAUCUCAGGAAAGUAUUUGACGCUUACAUGAAGUUGUCUGGAUAUGAGAUGGAGGAGAGCAUCAAGAGGGAAACAUCCGGAAGCUUGAGAGAUCUUCUUCUCGCUGUCGUGCAAUGUGCAAGGAGCGUUCCAGGCUAUUUUGCUGAGACCUUGUACUAUGCAAUGAAGGGUGCAGGGACUGAUGAUGCCACCCUGAUGAGAGUGAUGGUGACUCGCAGUGAGGUGGACAUGUUGGACAUCAGAGCUGAGUUCAGGAGGAAGUUUGCCUGCUCGCUGUAUUCCAUGAUCAAGGGAGAUACAAGCGGUGACUACCGAAAGACCUUACUGUUGCUCUGUGGUGGAGAUGACGCGUAAACAAUGGCAACAAGCAAUACAACAGAAACCACACCUGAAGUGCCUCUUCUCAAAGUUUUUAAGUUGUCUUUGUGCCAUCAACCCACUGAAACAGGAAGCUAAUGUGAAGUCAAAGUUCAUCACAGCAAAACUUUCUUGUGAGAGUGAGCGAGAGACGGCCCAUCAGUUGUUUUUAAACAAUGAUACCAAAUAAUGUCUUUUAAAUGUAGCUAACACUCUGUUUGUGUGUCCGCAUUAUAAUGCCGCUUUGUAUGACUAACAUCUUCAAGAUGACUUGUAACAUUAACUUGCAAUGUAACUAAAAGUAUCAGACCACAUUUGUUUUAUUUGCACUUUGUAUGGCAGAAACAAUAAAUGCAAUAAUAAACAUUUUAGCAUUUUA